CAGCAAAGUUUGCAAAAACUUCGGAGGGGAACCAGGAGGGGCGUCGGAGUGGACCUCCCCCCCCCAUCGCUUAGGCCCAGGCAAUGCUGCCCAGGGGCGCGCGCGGCUGUUUGCAAACCGCGCUGCUGCUCGGGACUGCCGUCUUGUGGGCUUCCCGGCAGAGCUUCUCGGAAGCGGCUGCUGCGGAGCCUCCGCCGGCGGUGAGCGCGGAAAGGAGCCUGGUUUGGGGGCCCGGCUUGCGGGCCGAGGCCACCCUCCCCGUCCGGUAUUUCUGGCUGCAGGCGGUCGGCAGCGACGGGCGCAACUUCACGCGCUCCCCGCCAGGAAAUGCACAAUUUGAAGUGAAAAUCAAACCCAUCUCCCCCAAAGAAGUCGUUCAAAUCCAUGUCCCUAAGUUUCUGGACAGGAACGAUGGCUCCUUUCUCAUGCGAUAUCGGUUAUACGGAAGUGUCAAGGAAGGCUUAAAGGUGGAGAUUCUUUAUGGCGGUGCACAUGUUGCUGAAUCUCCCUAUAUCCUGAAGGGUCCAGUUUAUCAUGAAUAUUGCGAAUGUCCAGAAGAUGCUCAGAUUUGGGAGAAAAGUCUUUCCUGUCCUUCGGAGCACCCUCAGAUUACUGAGGAUUUCGCUGUGUUUCCUAGCAUUGAUCUUCAGCGGAUGUUUGAUGAGGUUCCACCAAGGUUUGCCCAAAAGAUGGGAUCCAUUGUUCAUUAUACUGUCAUCGGCAAUCACAUCUAUCGCCGGUCCUUGGGGAAGUAUACAGACUUCAAAAUGUUCUCGGAUGAAAUGUUGCUGUCACUGGCGAGGAAGGUUCACCUUCCUGAUGUGGAAUUUUACCUCAAUGUUGCGGAUUGGCCUGUUGAGCAUCGGAAAGCAAACGACACCCCUGGCCCCCUGCCUAUCCUUUCCUGGUGUGGCUCUCUGGAUUCAGCAGACCUGGUGCUUCCAACCUACAAUGUCACCCAUUCAACCCUAGAAACUCUGCGAGGCGUCACAAAUGACCUCCUGUCUAUUCAAGGAAACACAGGACCUGCCUGGGACAACAAAACGGAACAAGGAUUUUUCAGAGGUCGAGACAGCCGGGAAGAACGGCUUCAACUGGUGCAACUCUCCAAGGAAAACCCAGAACUGCUGGAUGCUGGAAUAACAGGUUACUUCUUCUUCAGAGAAAAGGAGGCGGAGCUGGGGAAGGCUCCAUUGAUGGGGUUCUUUGACUUCUUUAAGUACAAAUACCAAGUGAGUAUAGAUGGCACAGUUGCAGCCUACAGGUUUCCCUACCUCAUGCUGGGGGACAGCCUUGUGAUCAAGCAGGCUUCGCAGUACUAUGAGUACUUCUAUAAGGAGCUGGCGCCGUGGACCCACUACAUUCCUGUUAAAAGAAACCUGGAAGACUUGCUGGAAAGAAUAAAAUGGGCCAAGGAAAAUGAUGAAGAAGUCAGAAAAAUUGCCAAGGAAGGGCAGGCAGCUGCAAGAGAACUAUUGCAGCCUCAUCGGUUUUAUUGCUACUAUUUCAAAGUGUUCCAGAAAUAUGCUGAACGCCAAGCUGGUAGACCUGAAAUACGGGAUGGGAUGGAAUUUGUACCUCAGCCGGAUGACAGGACUUCAGUCUGCAGCUGCCACAGGAAAAAGCCUUCAAAGGAAGAGUUAUAAGUAACCCUGCCAAAUGAGAUCAAAUAUAUAGCCUGUUGCAAGAA